UUGGUCACGGCAGGAGCGUCUCCAAUUAUCCAGGAGCACAUCCCUGGAUCUCUGUGCGCUCUUUUGCCUCCUGAUCUACAUUGAUUUGGGGUGAGCUGUGAUCAAUGCGGACGACUCCACAAACUCGCACGUGAAUAACUUAAUGCGAUUUGUGUAUGCGCGCAGGAAUCAAACAACAGGCGGAGGACAAACAGAGAAAUACUCCGAUAUGUAGGAAAGUAGGUGUGAGUUUGGGUGUUUUGUGACUAGGACAAGUUGUUCCCUGCGUGUGAUCACCGUGGCUUCACGUGAUGAGUGUGAUCAUUUAUUUCAAUAUGCACCCUGGUCCUCCUCAGUCCCCUUCCAGAUCUGCGUGAUGAUGCCACACACUUCACUUUGCAGAGCUCUCCACCUGCACCUGUCGGAUGCUAAUGGGAAAUAAUCGACAAGUUUGAGGUGAGAGAAGGAGAGAGAUGUUGGCGGCGGCUCGUUUCAGCACGCUGGACAGCGCUCGUGGAAGUUGGAGAGGACGGCGGCGCGCGGACGCAUGAGGAUUUAAUUGAAAAGAAUUUUUUGGAGGGCAGCAGCUGGAGAGAUGAGCGACGGGUGACCAUGGUUGAUUUGAAAUGCUCAUUACCAACACCAGGCGCAGGUAACACGAGAGUUCUGGAGUGAGACAUGGACUUUGCUGAAACCAUUUUCGCUUUGUUCAUCGUCGUGGUCGCGGUCGUCUCGCUGUUGUCCAACUUGUUGGUGCUGCUAUGUUUCGUCCACAGCACCGAGAUACGCCGACAGGUGCCCGGCGUCUUCACCAUGAACUUGUCCUUCUGCAACAUACUCAUCACUGUUCUCAACAUGCCGGCCACUCUGGUGGGGAUUAUCAGGGACCAGCAGCCUUUUGGGGAUUGCAUUUGCCACACGGUGAGCUUUCUGGAGACUUUCCUGACCGCCAACACCAUGCUGAGCAUGGCGGCUCUCAGCAUAGACCGGUGGAUAGCGGUGGUGUUCCCGCUCAGUUACUCCACUAAGAUGCGCUACAAGGACGCGCUGAUCAUGGUGUGCUACUCCUGGCUCCACUCCUUCACCUUCUCCCUCACCGCGCUGCUCUUCUCCUGGGUCGACUACAACGACGUGUACGCGUCCUGCACCCUGCAGCCGAGCCAGGAGGGCGCCGACAGGAUUAAGUUUACAAUCUUCACCGUCGUUUUCCACGCCACCAGCUUCAUGCUCUCCCUGCUUAUAUUGUGUUUCACCUACUUGAAGGUGUUGAAAGUCGCCAGGUUUCACUGCAAGAGGAUUGACAUUAUCACCAUGCAGACUCUUUUCCUGCUGGUCGACAUUCACCCAAGCGUGAAACAGAGAUGUUUAGCAGAGCAAAAGAGGAGAAAGCAGAGAGCCACAAAGAAGAUAAGCAUCUUCAUCGGCUCAUUCAUCAUCUGCUUUGCUCCUUAUGUAAUUACAAGGUUGGCCGAGCUUCUACCCUUCGUGGAUAUCAACCGCCACUGGGGAAUCAUCAGUAAGUGCCUGACAUACAGCAAGGCUGCAUCCGACCCCUUUGCCUACUCCCUCCUACGUCAGCAGUACAAGAAAGUCCUGGUUACUGUCGUCAACAGGCUGCUCCGCCGUGACCUGUACCCCUCAUCUGGCCAUAACAGCUCUUUAGACACAGAGAACGACUACUGUCUCCAGAGGAUCAGCUAAUGGCAAACGCGCGGACAUGGCAGAUACACACCACGGGCCAAAAAUAAAGGUUGCCUCUUGGAAGAAGGUGGGCGGAGGAAAAGAAUGAGGAGAGAGAGACGGAGAGGACAGGAUAUUGUUAGGAAGUGAAAAGAGAGCAGAUAGAGGGGACAGAUUGUGGGUGGGGGGCAAAGAGAGAGCAGAAAUAAGGAAGACGGUGGGUGGAGAAGAAUGAGGAGACAGUAACGAGGGGGAGGAUGAAGGUGGCAAAGGGGAAGACAGGAAGACAGAUAUGGAGGGACGGGGACGAUGUGGAGACGCUGGCCUCAGACAGUAUCGGUAAACAAGAGAUCUGUGAUUCAUCGACACAUAAAACCACACAGUUGCACACACGGAUCAGACAAAUCAAUUUCAUCGAAUAAGUCAUGGAUUCAGAUUAAUCUCUAACUGAAGGAUCAUGCAGCUGGAGACAUUCCCCUUCUUCCCUCUGAGCGACAUGUAUAAAGUGGCCUUUUGUACUGUACCAACCACUUUGUAAUGAUUUUUGACAAAUCCACAUGUAGUGACCUUUCCUCUGCCACAAAACGCAGGGACAGAGCUCGAAGCCAAUGGUCGAUAGGCGCUGGAGUGAAGACGUGAAAUGAAGGAAAGACUGUGUUGCUCCUGCUUCUGGAUAAUCUACUCUUAGGUGUGAAAGCUCAACCGCUGCACAUUGUUGCCAUGUUCUGUAUUGACCAUGUUAGACUACUUCGCAGUGUCAUGUCAGUCACUGAAUAUUGAUGCACUUUGUCUAAUUCUCUCAGAGCUACUAUAGUUACAGGAGCCAAAGGCAAAUAACAUGUACACCAUGAUAUUAAAUGGUGAGGCUGGUUAUGUUCUAUAUUUUUGUUAAUGUCAACAAGUGCCGUGAGAAGACCAAAAUUG